CGCCCUCAAACCGCCGGCUCGCGGGGGCGCGCUGGGCCUGGCGCGGGCCGAGGGGAGGGUGCUGCCCCGGGGGGCGGCGCGCCGCGGCCCUGCUGGUGGCGGUGGCAGCGGCUGCAGCUGCGGCGGCGCGCUCGGGGCCCGCGUCCGGGGCGCCCGCGGGUCGGAGCUGCUGGCGGAGCCAUGUACCGCAGCGGCGCCCGCCCCUCCGUCUCCUCACACCGGCCUAAGGAUGGCGGCCCGCGCAGCAGCCGCAGCUCCGGCUCUUCGUCAGGCUCCGUUCGUCGCACUUCGCCGCCACCGCUCUCCUCCUCGUUCCGGCGGACCCCGACUCGCCGGCCCCGCUCGCCUUCAGGGCACCGCGGCCGCCGGGCCUCACCGUCUCCCCCGCGGGGUCGCCGCGGCUCCCCGUCCCCGCCGCGGGCCCGUCACGGCUCCCCGUCGCCACCGCGGGGUCGACGACUCUUCCCUGCGGGCUCGUCCGGCUACCGAGGCAGCAGCCGAGGGGAGUCCCGCGCUGACUUCGCCCGGGACGGCCGCGGAGACCAUCCAGGCGACAGCGGCAGCCGGAGGCGCUCUCCUAGUCUACAUUCUGACUCUGUGGAACAAAGCCUAAGGAUCACUGUAGGCAAUGACCACUUCUGUCUUAGCACCCCUGAACGGCGGCGGCUUAGUGAUCGGUUGGGGUCACCAGUGGAUCAUCUGGAGGACAUGGAAAGGGAUGACCUGACAGACGAUUCUGUCCUCAUUCGAAGCUCCCAGUGCUCUCGUGGUCCUGAGCGAUAUAUUUCCCGGGAGGAGGGACCACUCAGCCCCUUCUUGGAACAACUUGAUGAGGACUACAGAACAAGGGAGGCUUUUUUGCAUCGUUCUGAUUAUAGUCACCACAUCGGUGGUCAUGAUGAAUUCUUGCAGGGGACAGGGCGGAAUAGAGACAAAGUUAAAGGCUCAUACUCUGUACGAUCUGAGGAAAGGAGCUGGGAGGCCAAAAGGGCCCGUUACGAUGAUGCUGAGAAGAUGCACAGCACAGGUGGGGAACACCCAAGUUAUACCUCGGGGACUCGAAACUGUCGACAGCGGAGACGGAGCCCAAGUCCGAGGUUUCUAGAUCCUGAGUUUCGAGAGCUGGACCUUGCUAGGCGAAAGCGAGAGGAAGAGGAGGAACGAAGUAGGAGCUUGAGUCAGGAGCUGGUAGGAGUUGAUGGCGAUGGCACUAGCUGUUCCAUCCCUGGAUUGUCAGGUGUCCUAACAGGAUCAGAGCCAGGAUAUUCUUUGCAUCGGUCUGAGGAAGUAUCUCUGAUGCCCAAGAAGUCCAUUCUCAAGAAGCGGAUCGAGCUUGAGAAUUUUUCCAGCAGUACCAGCUCUAGCCAGGAUCAUCCUCUCUACUCUGCACACCCAUCUCUUCCACUAAGUGGUGCUAUUGCUGCAUUUGCCUCAGAGAUUGAGAACAAGGGGACUGCCUUAAAGGAACCUCAGGGUAGCCUCUACCAAUGGGGUACCCUCCCUGGGAUACCCAAAGACAGCAGUCCUCACAGAGAAAAAUUUGGUAGUUUUCUGUGUCACAAGGAGAAACUGGAUAUGAAGGCUGAGGGACCUGAGCAGAACACAGACUUUUUGCUGCCUCAUGAGAGAGCUAGCCAGGAUGGUAGUGGUUUUUCCCGCAUUUUGAGCAUGUUAGCUGAUUCUACUAGUACGCAGGAAAAAAGGCGACGUAGCUUUCCUGAUAUUGAGGAUGAGGAGAAAUUUCUCUAUGGGGAUGAAGAAGAGGAUUUAAAAGCAGAGUCUCCACCAAAGCCCUUCGAGAGUGAAAAUAUGAUGCAGAAGGCAAACUCCCUACCUUCUUCAGCUCCAACUGUGAAGCUAGAAUCCCUAGAAGAGACCAAUCCAGAAUAUGCUAAGAUUCAUGAUUUGCUGAAGACCAUAGGGCUGGAUAUUGGUGUGGCAGAGAUCAGCAAACUGGCUGCGCGUACCCAGGAACGACUUCAUGGCAAGAAGCCAUCAUCUCGCUCCUCAGCUGACCGGCGUUCCUCAGUUGACCGACAUUUUUCAGCUGAUCGCUGUUCUUCAGUGGAUCAUUGCUUCUCAGCUGAUCGACGUUCCUCCGAUCCCCAUAGACUGGAGAGCAGGGAUGCACGCCAUAGCAGUAUCCACUCUCCAGAGGCAUCCCAUCCACAUCCAGCCUCCCCUGUGGAUGCUUACCUGCUCACACAAAACAGCCCUCCAUUCCUCAAAUCUGACCAUCCCUUGGGUCAUAUAUCAGGACCAGACAUGAUUGGUAGUGGCUUUCGGUCAUCAGCAGUCAGGUGCCGGUUACCAACAACCUCUUCUACCCCAAUUAGACUUUCACAUUCUGCUUCUUUAUCUCAGUUUCAUAUGCCAAGGACCUCUCAGUUUUCUGCAGCCCGGAUAUCUUCAAACUACCAGGGAGCUGCCAUACCCUCUUCCUCCUUUGAUGCCCAUAGGCACUUUAUGGCAAAUGCAGCCUCAAGAUGGCCCAUGUACCCCACCUCCCAAACAUCAAACCACACUCUACCUGAGCCACACAGGAUAAUGCCAAUAACCAGACUAGCUACUCGUAGUCGUCCCAAUCUCCGUGUGAUCCCCACUGUCACUCCCCAUCAGCCCAAGCAGGAGGAGGCGGAGCUAGGUGCAAUUCCUGCUGCUCAAGUGCCUGUCCAAAAGUCCAUCCCACCACUCAUAAGAUAUAAUCCAGAGAAGAUCUCUGAUGAAAAGAACCGUGCAUCCCAGAAGCAGAAGGUUAUUGAAGAGAGGGAAAAACUAAAGAGUGACCGGGAAGCCCGCCAGAAGAAAAUGUAUUAUCUGAGGACUGAGUUGGAACGGCUUCGUAAACAACAAGGAGAAAUGCUUCGUAAGAAAAGAAGAGAGAAAGAUGGCCACAAAGACCCACUCCUAGUGGAGGUCAGUCGGCUUCAGGAUAACAUUAUGAAGGACAUUGCUGAGCUCCGACAAGAAGCGAAGGAGGCGGAAAAAAAGCAAUCCGAACUGGAUAAAGUGGCUCAGAUCUUAGGAAUUAACGUCUUUGAAAAAUCUCAGAAGUCUUUAAAUGACAGUAAAGAGUCUUCCGAAAAGCUUGGGAAAGCAGAAAAAUCUAUGAGUCCAGAAGAAGUAUCAUCUUCAAACUCCUCCAACAACAAGGAAUCAAUGGUAAACAAUGAACAGUCUGAUACGAGAAGUCCCAACUCUGCUGAAAGCCUCCAGUUGGCUGCUACGCAGUCAGAUCAGCCCACUGCUACUUAUGAGUAUUAUGAUGCUGGCAAUCACUGGUGCAAAGACUGCAACACCAUUUGUGGGACUAUGUUUGACUUCUUCACCCAUAUGCACAAUAAGAAGCAUGCACAGACACUGGAUCCCUACAACAGACCUUGGGCUUCAAAGACCCAGAGUGAGGCCAAGCAAGAUACUGUAAAGCGCAAUGACAAGAUAACGGUCCCUGCAAAAGGCUCUGAGUUUCUGAUUCCCAUCACUGGAUUUUACUGCCAGCUCUGUGAGGAAUUUUUGGGGGAUCCAAUUUCUGGAGAACAACAUGUGAAAGGUCACCAACACAAUGAGAAAUACAAGAAAUAUGUGGAUGAAAACCCGUUGUAUGAGGAACGGCGGAAUCUGGACCGCCAAGCUGGCUUGGCUGUAGUUCUAGAGACGGAAAGACGACGACAGAAUGAACUAAAGCGUAAACUUAGUGAGAAAUCAAAAGAAGAGAAGAAAGAGAAAAAGGCAAAAGUUGUGAAAGAAAUAAAGGAGGAUGACAAGGAUUCUGAAGAAUUGGAGGACCAACUCUCUGAGGAUGGGAGCUCUCCUGAAAAAGCUGAGAAUAAGAAGAACGCUAGCAUGAAACUCCAGUUAAAAGAAGAGAUAAAGAAAGAAUCACCAACAUCAUCUUCAUUUGGGAAAUUUAGUUGGAAGAAGACAGAAAAAGAGGAAGAAAAAAUUUCAGUGGUAAUCCCAAAUGUCCCUAGAGAAGAGAUGGUGGAAAGUAAUAAAGACAAAGAAGAUGGUAAAACUGAAACUGGGAAGGCAAAGCCCAUCAAAAUCAAACUCUCUGGGAAAACUGUUGUUGCACAUAGCACUCCUUGGAUGCCUGUGGUGACAACUUCAGCACAGACUAAGAUCCGACCAAACCUGCCUAUCCCAUCCACGGUACUUCGCAAGUCCAGUUCAAUCACAGUGAGCAAACCUGCACCUCUUAACACAUUUCUCUCCAUCAAGUCCUCUGGAACUACUGUCAAGCCCCUGCCAGUUGUUAAAGAGUCUUCAGCUGAUCUCUUGUUGCCACCAGAUAUCAUCUCCAAAGCAUUUGGAGGGGAAGAGGUGAUUCUAAAAGGAUCACCAGAAGGAAAAAUGGUGGUGGCUGAAAAGAAUGAAUCAUCCCACGUACCUGAGCAAAUGCUGCCACCUCCUCCACCACCACCACCACCACCACCACCACCACCCCCUCCAGUUGUACCUCAUCCAGCAGCUCCAACUCAAGCAAAUACUGUCUUGGCUUCAGUAAAAUCGAACGCAGUUGUAUCUCAGACUGUCAGUCCUGGCUUCCUGGGCCCUAACAUUUUGAACCCAGUGUUGCCUAUAGCCAUCAUGGCCUCAGCACAGCCAGCUGCCAUUCCUUCUGAUGAGACAGCUCCUGGGGUGAGUGAGAGUGACUGGGAUCAGACCCUAUUCUCUGUGUUAGUGCGUCCUCCACCACCUCUUUCAAGUGUGUUCAGUGAACAAGCCAAAAAAUUGGAAAAGCGAAAUUCAUGCUUAGCCACAGCCAAUGCCAAAGACUUGUAUGGCAUAUUCUACAGUAGUGGUGGAAAGGGGGCACCUGAGCCUAAGCUGAGUGGUGCUCCAUUGGCCAAUGGGGAAAAUAGCAACCUCUCUAGAACUGAAAGUUCAGACACUUCUACUUCUACAUCCCAAGAGGAGUUACCUCAACAUAAGGGUUCAGCCAUUGCUCCUGUAGUCAGCACUGAAAAGCCCAUUGCAAAAACUCUGGUGUCCCUAGGGAAAUGGUCAGCUGUGGAGCCUGGAGACCCAAAAACCAGAGGCAGUAGCUAUGGCUUUUUGCAACCUCUGACAAGGUUGUGCCAGAGCAGACCUUGUGAAAAUAUUACCCCAAAGCCAGACACUUCAGCAAAGUGGACUUCUAGCUCCUUCCAGAUUGAUACUAAAAAGGAUGUAUCUCCAGAAGUAAAACUUGAGCUUGACCAAGGAGAUCCAGGGCCACCUGGUGUAGAAACAGCUGCUCAACAGUCAGAUACACAGUGUCAUACCAAGGACCCUCAGAAGUUUGUAGAAAUUCACCUCAUAGAAUCUGGUAACCAGAGUAAGGAAAGCCAGGACCUUCAUUCUGAAGAAUGUGGAGAAAGUAAGUUGGGGACAAAUAUUGAAUUAAAAGGAAGAGUAGCAGUUGAAGUGAGAGGAGAUCAUGAUCAUGUCCCCCACAGCUUGGAAGAUUCUAGUGUGAACUAUGGAAAGCCAUACACAUGGAAAGGAGAAGCAGAGCCGUCCAAGAAAUUCAUGACAGGGAGUGAAACUCCAGGUAAAGCAGUGAUUGAAUUAGGUACACAGGCUCUCUCAUCCACAAAGAAAAAAAUAGACUCUUUUCCAUCAGAAACUAGAUCUUUAACCCAAAGCCCACAAGAUCUAACUGUGAAAUUUUCUGCUCCAGAAGUACUACUUCCAUCCUCAGCCAGAUCAGAUAUAUGUGUAACAGGUAGUCCACAGGAGCAAGGAUUUCCAGCUGGUAACAAGGAGUGGCUAGAAAAUUCAACUCCAGAAUCAGCUUCCAGAACCUCUAAGUACAGAAACCUCAAACUCAAGAGAAAGAAAAGGUCAAAAGGCUUUCGUGGUAAAAUGGCCUAUGACCUGGCUGUUUGGAAUGAGAGCAAGAAGAGACCAGAGAGCUGGGUAGGUCCUGAAAAACCAGAGAUGGAAGCUGUGGAGCUGCGAGAUGUCCGUCCAGAAUUAACGGUGACAAUAGAAAACAAAGCCUUUGAUGAUUUCAGAGGUGCAGACUUAAAGGUAGAGGAGAUCGCUGCCCUGGGAAGUCUGGGGGAUAUGUGUGCUGAUUUUUGCAAUACUGAGAUAGAUCCAGCUUGUAGAUCCCCAACUGCCUCAUCUCAGAAAAUGUGUGACGAAAAUUCUGUAUCAUCUAUAGGUUGUAAAUCCUCUACUUCCACCGACUUUAAACCGAUUCCAUCUUUUUCUGGGUUUCCACGAGAGUCUCCCAAAUCCGUGGUGCUUAAUUUUGAGACAAAGGGUGUACAAAAUUCAUCUAAUCCUAAAAGUGGGAGGAUUACUUCUAACAGUAUGAAAACUGGAUUUCCUGUGGAAAAUGUUGACCGAGGCUUCGGAAGUCUAGAGGGAACCCACCAGGCCCUUGACCUAUUAGCAGGUGGCAUGAUGCCUGAAGAAGUGGAAGAAACUUCCCAAUUAGAAAAACAGGAGUCACUCCGAUUAGAAGCAGAAGCAGUUAAUCCUGCAGGCCUUGGGCCAUCUCCUUGCCUUCCAGACCUUGUUGACUUUGUCACACGGACAUCAGGAAUUCAAAAAGAGAAAGUAUGUUCUCCCCUGUCUGAAUCAGGCAACCUUCCUAAUUGUAGUUCUCUGGAUAUGGGACCACUGCAGCCUGAAAUUCUGAAUGCAUCCAUCGCAGAGGUAUCAAUUCCUCAAAUAGAUGAAAACUCUUUGAAUUUGGGAACAAUUCCAGCUUCAAGGUCACCUCCAAGGGAGCAGAUCAUUGGAACCAAUGAGACCCCUCUGGAAAUGCCUGAACAGCAAGGUUCAGUUGAUGUCAUUCAGGACUACACAAAAUCCAAUACUUGUGACUAAGAAUAUACACCCAGAGCUACUUGUAUAUAAAUCAGAUUCUCAGAUGACCCAGGGCUAGUUGGCAAUCUCAUCUAAAACCUACACCAAGAAAUGAAGUCAACAUCUUAAGUAAAUGUUCAUGGAAGCUAAAAAAUGUACCUCCUUUCCUUCUUAAAAUCCAAGACAAAUUAAUCAUAACUUCUAUACAUAUUUGUAAAAAAAAAUAUUUUUGUUUGCUUUUUUGGUCAAUUUAUUUCUCCUACUUUGUCAUUAAAAUCUGAUGUCUAUCUGUCUCA